AUGGCAACCAGAUCGGAGCGGUACAAAGAAGUGCCGCAGACUGUGCAAGAGCGGCGUGCCGGCGAAUCUGCUCUUAGUGACUUUGCCGACUACGUUCAGCAGCAGCAACUGCAGCAGUCGCAGAGGAAGGCGGCCGCUGGCGGCGCAAAUGGCGAAUCUCAGUCCACACAUGCUGAGCUUGAUAUCUUGGACACACUCAACCUUGGCGACGAGAAGCCCAAGGUCCGGCUAAAACACCUCCUGCUAGAUGACACCGACACCAAAGACCAAAGCAUCAAGCAGCUGCGUGAAAUCCUCACAUUAAGACUGGAUGAUGGACAUGGAGAGUGCUUAUUCGAUGUGGGCCUGGAGGAUAAUGGGGACAGUCAAGCUCUCACUCAGGCUGAAUGGGAUGCUGCCCUCGCACGGCUACAGACUAUCAUGGACAUUGAAAAGGCAGACUGGAAGAUUCUCAUGACCAAGAACGUYGCUGGAAGUGAAGUCGACGUUGGAAAUGAGAUUAAGAAGGAGAAAGGAUGCGUGGGAAAAGUAAUGAUUCGACGACGGCCAGUCGGAUUAGACGAUGCCAUCGAGACGCGAAUAGCGGUCGUUGGAAAUGUCGAUGCAGGGAAGAGCACUCUGUUGGGAGUACUGGUCAAGGGCGGAUUGGACGAUGGACGUGGAAAAGCGCGAGUCAAUCUAUUCCGACACAAGCACGAAGUCGAGAGUGGAAGGACAUCCAGCGUCGGAAUGGAAAUCAUGGGCUUCGACACAAAGGGUGAAGUCGUUGUCUCUGGUGUCCCCGGGAGGAAGCUCUCUUGGGAGGAGAUUGGCAAGCGAAGUGCCAAGGUCAUCUCCUUUACCGAUCUGGCUGGCCAUGAAAGAUAUCUGCGGACGACCGUCUUCGGCUUACUCUCCAGCGAGCCCAACUACUGCCUGUUGAUGGUUGCAGCGAAUAAUGGCCUGAUUGGAAUGUCCAAAGAGCAUCUGGGAAUCGCCUUGGCGCUGAAUGUUCCAGUCAUGGUCAUUGUCACCAAGAUUGACAUCUGUCCACCCCAGAUUCUGCAGCAGACUCUAACCCAGUUGACCAAGAUCUUGAAGUCUCCCGGAGCCCGCAAGAUCCCCAUUUUCAUCAAGAACCGCGAAGAUUGUGUCAACACAGCGACACAGUUUGUCAGCCAGCGCAUCUGCCCUAUCUUCCAGGUAUCCAACGUGACGGGAGAAAGCCUGCCUCUCGUUCGCGAAUUCCUCAACWUCCUGCCACACCACGKCAACUACGAUCCAGAUGCCCCUUUCGAGUUUCAUGUCAAUGACACAUUCUCUGUGCCCUUUGUUGGAACCGUGGUCUCUGGUGUUGUCAAGUCUGGUGUUGUUCACGCAGGCGACACAGUGCUUGUUGGUCCAGACAGUCUGGGCCAGUUCACGACCACGACCGUCAGAUCAAUCGAGCGCAAACGAAUCAGCGUCCCUGCCUGCUCUGCUGGACAAAGCGCAUCGUUUGCACUACGACGAGUACGGCGGAAGGACGUCCGGAAAGGCAUGGUAGUGCUGCUCGCAAAAUCCGAUACGAAUCCCACGUUGAUAGCUCCGGCUCCGAAGGUAUACCGCGAAUUUGUAGCGGAGGUCCUCAUUCUCAGCCAUGCUACGACCAUUCGAAACAAGUACCAAGCCAUGCUGCAUGUCGGGCCUGUCUCGCAGACCUGCGCGAUCAUCGACAUCGAUCGAGCGUACAUCCGGACUGGAGAUAGAGCAAUGGUCGCAUUUCGCUUCGUGCAGCGGCCAGAGUUUCUUUCAGUUGGUGAUCGUAUCCUAUUCAGAGAGGGCAGGACCAAGGGCUUAGGAAUCGUGAAGCAGGUGGGUUAUGAUGGACCUCUGAAUCCGGAUGCUGAUAAGGAGGGAGAGGGAGGGAAGAAAGAAGGCGUCGCUACUGUGACGGCUGCUGCUUGA